CCACACCCAUGGCCUGUCACAACCGCUGCAGUCCCUGCGGACCCACCCCGCUGGCCAACAGCUGCAACGAGCCCUGUGCCCUGCAAUGCCAGGAUUCCCACGUCAUCAUCAACCCUUCCCCUGUGCAGGUCACCCUGCCAGGACCCAUCAUGACCUCCUUCCCCCAGAACACCGCCGUCGGAUCCACCUCCUCCGCUGCUCUGGGCACUGAACUCAAUGCCCAGGGACAGCCCAUCUCUGGUGGAUUUGGCUUUGGUGGCUUUGGCUACGGCCUGGGAGGCCUGGGCUGCUAUGGCAGAAGACGCGGCUACAUCUGCUAAGGGCCCUCAGCACCACCCCUGACACCACCAGCUCUGGCCUCUGGCAACAGCUCCUGCAAGCAAAGUGCCUCGGCUGAUGGCCUCUCUACUCCUACCUCACACCUUCCUUCAGCUUCUUCUUUCUCACCAUUCCUUCACUUCAAUAAAUUUUUCUUGCACCACAU